AUGACGCCAAAAGGGCUUGCUUUUGGUGUGCUGCUGUCGCUGUUCUGCGUGAUUUCUCACGUCCAGGUGGCGCAAGCAGUCAAUGCCUGUGACCCCGGCGUGUGCGACUGCUCGGGAACGUUUGUCGACUGCUACGGCGAAACCCUCACAACCAUUCCAACGGGAAUCCCAGUCGACACAACGAUGCUGAGAUUGAGCAGCAACCAAAUCACUGGCAUUGCACCCUCGGCAUUUACAGGCCUGACUGCACUGACUGUCUUGAGUCUGUCGUACAACCAGAUCACCAGCAUUCCCGUCUCUGCAUUCGCAGGCCUUGACGCGCUGACACGAUUGGAUCUGAGCAGCAACUUGAUCACCAGCAUUUCCGCAUCUGCAUUCCCAUCCCUGACUGCGCUGACUGAACUGAAUUUGCAGGGCAACCUGAUCACCAGCAUACCCGCGUCGCUAUUCACCGGCCUGACUGCGCUGCGUUGGCUUCCUCUAUCUAACAACCAGAUCACCAGCAUUGCGGCAAAUGCAUUCAAUGGCUUGAGUGCGGUGACUCUCAUAUAUCUGCAGACCAACCAGAUCACCGACCUUUCCCCAGCCACGUUUACAGGCCUGGCGGCGCUGACUGAGUUAUAUCUGAUGGGCAACCAGAUCACCAGCAUUCACGCUUCUACAUUCGCAGGUUUGACUUCGCUCGAGAAUCUGGAUUUGCAAGACAACAAGAUCACCGAGGUUCCCGCCUCAGCAUUUACGGAUCUGUCCGCACUGACUGGACUAACUUUGCAAGACAACCAAAUCACCGAGAUUCCCGCCUCCGCAUUCGCAGGCCUGACUGUGCUGGAAAUUUUGAAUCUGCAAGGCAACCAGAUCACCAACAUUCCUGAAACUGUAUUUGCAGACCUUACGGCGCUGGAAACCUUGAAUUUGCAAGACAACCAGAUCACCAGCAUUCCCGCCUCCGCAUUCGCAGACCUUACUGCGCUGCGUUCCUUGGAUUUGCAGGACAACAACAUCACGAGCAUUCCCGCCUCGGUAUUCACAGGCUUGUCUGCACUGAACGAACUGAAGUUGCACACUAACAAGAUCACUGACCUUUCCGCCUCUGUUUUCGCAAGCCUGACUGCGCUGGCUGUCUUGGAGUUGCAAAGCAACCAAAUCACCGAGAUUUCCGCAAACGCAUUCACAGGGCUAACUGCGCUGACAAAAUUGGAUCUAUCCAGCUGCCAGAUCACCAGCUUUUCCGUAGACGCAUUCACAAGCCUGACUGCGCUGCGAGAUCUGUAUUUGCACUUCAACCAGAUCACCAGCAUUCCCGCCUCUGCAUUCACAGGAUUGACUGCACUCUAUGUCUUAAUCUUGGCCUACAACCAGAUCACCAGCCUUCCCACAAACACAUUCACAGGCCUGACUGCACUGAAUACAUUAACCCUGUCCUUCAACCCGAUCACCAGCAUUUCGGCAAACACAUUCACGGACUUGACUUCGCUGUUUUUCUUAAUUCUGAACAACAACCAGAUCACCAGCAUUUCCGCAAACGCAUUCGCUGGCCUUCCUGGGCUGAAGUACCUUGUUUUGAGUGACAAUCCCUUCACCACUUUGCCUCCUGGUCUGUUCCAGGGCUUGCCAAAUGGACUUUCUUUAUCGCUUUCGGGCCAGUAUCUGAGACCUAACAACUUUACCUUGGGUGGGAACACGGUCGCUCCGCCCAGCACAUACGGCAGUGCAGACGAACCGUACCAAUGUGACACAACCUGUGCCACCUGCUACGACGCUGGGUCCGUUUCGUGUUGUGCAACCAACUGUCUGACCUGCACUUCAUCCGAUCCCUGCACUCAGUGCUAUGACGGUUAUGUGAUGCUGGGUGGAUCAUGCGUCUCGCUCGCUUCCAUCGCUUCUGCUGCCUCGACCGUCUCCGCCUCGGUUGCCUCGAUUGCCUCUGAUAUUUCCGUUGCCUCGGCGUCCGCUGCCACUGCGUCUUCAGCGUCAAUUGCAUCUCAGAUGUCCGCGUCAGCCGCCAGCGCUUCUUCUGUAUGGCAGACCUCGGCUGCAUCGGCUGCAUCCAAUGCUCCGAACGAGUCGAGCGAUGCAUCUACUGGGCAUAUUAUUGGCGGAAUGAUUGGUGGCGUGCUUGGUCUUCUCCUGUUGGUUGUGCUGGUUAUGGCCCUUCGGCGCCGUCGCUCGUCGAGCGCAUUGGCAACCACCACUAUGGCUUCCAAAUUGCGCGCAUCAGCCUCUGGCUCGGAGCCUGCUUACCAGUCGGUUGAUCAUAACAACAUGGUUGCAAACGUUGCCAAUCCAACCUAUGAAUCUUUGUCUGCUCCUAGCGACCAUGCCUUGUACGAAGACGUUGGCGCAAAGCCCCGUCCUCCCGCGAGUUCGUCGGAGCAUGUGUAUGACGACGCAGCCGUGUCUGCCCCAAGUGCAAUGCGCGCGCCAGGCAGCGGUGUCGAGUACGCCGAUCCCUCGCUGCCCAAUGCCUCGUCUGUUCGCGUGCCGCCCGUGUCUUCACCGACGACAUACGCGACGAUCGGUGUCGCACCAUCCACGCCCAGCGGAAACGUCGAAUACGCCUAA